ACGCGGUGAACGACGGACGCUCCGCUGAAUGAAUGACAUAACUUGUAUAUAGAUAUAUAAAUAUUGCGUAGAUCGGAUCGCGUGGUUGACGUGUCUUAACUCGUAAUAAAUCGGAGUCGGUGAGAACGGUGUCGUGGAGUAUAAUCGGAUCCGCAUUAUCCCGUGACGUUACGAGUUCGGCGCGCACUACGAGCGGAGCGGAGCGGAACGAGACGCGUUAUAGCGGGCCGGGGCGCGCCGGGAGCUGGGAGCAAAGCGGAGCGGUGCCGGAGCAAAGCGUGCGUUGCCGUGGCGUGGCGUGGCUUAGCGUCGCGCGUCGCUCCUCCGUAGCACGUGCGCGUUUAUACGAGCGUCUCACGAAGCGACAAUGGCCGCGAACUGCGUGGCGGACGGCAAUUAUCUCGGCGAGUAUUCGCGAUUCUUCGCCGAAUUCGUCGCCAGGAUGAACCCGGACGAUCAGCUGCCGGUGAAGGUGAGCGUUUACGACGUCAACGAGAACGAGCUCGUCGGUGAGAUCGUCAGCGUGACUCUACAGUACGUCAAUCGAAUAUAUUGUCCACCAAGCUUACAAUCCUAUAUUUCAUAUCUCGCAAUACAAGCGAUCAAGAUAACAUGCAAGGCACAGCCGGAAAUCUGCGGGCUAAGACAGCAACAAAAGACGUACGCGCCUUUGAAGCUCAUGCAUGCCAUCACAAACACAGUAAACGAGAUCUGCAAGCGGUAUUCAGAUAACAGCAGGCUAGCCCUCUUGCCACCGCCUUCAUCAACGCCGCAAGUGACAGUGGGUGCCAUCAGAAAUGCUAGAAGAAAAAUGGAAGACCGCCACAUGAUCUUGCACGACUUAAAUACCAUAUUUAAUAUUCAGGAUGACACUAUCGUGGAUUACUACGCUGUAUUCGAUGGCCACGGUGGACAAGACGCCGCGGCAUAUUGCGCAACACAUUUGCAUCAAUAUUUGGUCGAGAGUGUGCACUAUCCAACUGAUCCGGAACGUGCGUUGCGCGAUGCUUUCCUGACGACCGAUGCACAAUUCAUAGCGAAGUCGAGUGUGCAGAAAUUAAGUGGCGGAACCACCGCGGUUUGCGCAUUGCUGAUAAAUAAGAAAUUGUACAUUGCUUGGGUUGGUGACUCCAUGGCUUCGUUGGUUACAAACGGACACGUGAAACAAUUGGUCAAUCCUCAUCGACCAGCGAGAAAAGAUGAGGACGAACGGAUUCGCAAUUUGGGAGGAGUCGUCACCCAUUGUAUGGGUGCAUUGCGAGUAAACGGAUUCCUCAGCAUAUCUCGAGCCAUUGGCGAUGUCCCGUAUAAACCGUACGUCAGCAGCGAGCCCGAGGUUCGAUGCGUACCUCUGAACGGCACCGAGGAUUUUCUCAUAAUCGCCUGUGACGGAUUGUGGGACUACGUCGACCAGAGAACCGCGGCGCUUCGUGUCUACCGGCAGGUGCUGCAAAAUCCCUGCGACCUGAAACAAGUGCAUCAGGCUUUGCUGCAGAGUGCUAAGCGUGGGGGUUCUUUGGAUAAUAUUACGGUAAUUGUGGUGUUCCUGACGCCGCCGAUCGAGAUCGUUCGAAUCGCUUCGCGCUCGAAUCCGCUUCUGACGUAUCAACCACCGAAUGGUCUAUUACUAAACAACAUGGAUCCGAAUAAUCCGAUCCCGUCGAAUCAUGAUGAAUUCGAUGUAAAACCGGCCUACAUCAAACAGCUGAUCGACGACGGCAUAGAUCGCCCCGAUUUCGAUUUACUUUUGAAAAAUUCCGUGCGCGGUAUGAACAGGAAUGGCAAGCACCGGAACGACGACGAUGCUGAAUACGAUUACACGGACAUAGGUCCGGAGACCGAUGUCGACGCCGGCGAGGAUGUGCACGACAACAAUUACCCGGCCCUCGCCACAUCGUCGUCGCUCGAUCCCACCCCCGAGAGCGAGAAACCAUCGAUGGAAAUUGAGAAGUACAACGACAACGACGACGACGACGGCAAGAACGACAACGAUUAUACUAACCGCGAAAACGCGAACGUCUGCCCGGUGGACUCGGUAGUAAACGAUGAUGAUCUAGACAAUUGUGUCCGACCGAAUGAUAAAGACGUUCGUGGCGCGGACGACGAAACGCUGCGCGACCACGGUGACGACGACGACGACGUCGCGCGUAUCGAGACCGCUGGCAUGCAUACCGUCGUGGACGAUGACGAGUCGCCACCCUCGCCGCGAACUACUAAACCUCUUCAGCAUGCACUGAUCGUAGCGGAUAAUGUAGCAGACAGCGAGGAUUCCGAGGACGAGUGGGAUUAUUAUCGUGCCGAUCCAAACAAGCAGGAAACUGCAGUGACAGCUGUUACGGCAGACGAAUCCCUCAAAGACGUUGAGGAGCAAAGUGCACAGGAGACCGAGUCUGUCGCGGAAGCUAGCUUGGAAGUUCAGUCUUCGGGAGCAGAGGACGAUAUUAAAUACGACCCGACUAUUUUGGACCCCAAAUUUGAGCUUAUCGACAUCGAUAUAAGCGAAGAAAAAAAAGAGGAGUUCAGAGUGAAAAGUUUUCCUCCAAUUUAUCCAGGUAUUCUGGAAGGUAUGGAUUUCCAAUUGAAUCCGGAGGCAGCAGAGUUCGUGCCGUUAUCACCACCGUUAGUAUGCAAUAGAAGCAACACACAUUUGAAGGAUUUUGCCAUUAGUGGCUCUCCUCUGAAAACAACACAGAUCAUGGAUGAUAUUUGUGUACCGAGCCAGAGUGAAUUCGACAAGGAAGUCUGUCGUCGACCAAAGGAGAUAGGCGAGGAAACGCACGACGAAAAUGCAGAGCUACAGAAUAAUAGUUCGCAGAGUUUGGAUAUAUCCGACAUUUCGUCGACCAAAGCUGAAAUCGGUGAUGAUGAAUCCAUGAUGCAUGUAAUGUCUACCUCACAGUGGCAGACGGAUGUCUCUUCUCAGUGGAAUGAAAAGGCGCAUGACGAUGCGGGUUCUGAUUUGGAAGAUGGUGUUGUCACCAAGGACGAUCCCAUGACUGUAUCGUUAACUCCAGCUAGCUUCAAAGCGUUCGAAUUGAAAGUUGAUUUGAAUGCCUUACACAUAUUGGACGAUAGUUCUGAUGGUGCUGAACAAGCGAACACACCACCGCGUUCACCCGAGCCGUCUACGAAGAUUGCAUACGACGAGGAUCGUCCGAACACACCUUCUUUGGAGGACACGAAUUCGAUCGAUGUCUUAUGCGCGUCAACACCACAGCCUCCAGAUGAUUCUGUAUCUGUAAAUUCUGAAACUACUAACUCUGAAACGAAAAUAAACGAAAAGGAAAGUUUGUUCGAUAGCAAUCCAUUCUUGCAUGAAACAGUACUCAGCUGUACUGCGAAAAAGGUAAUCAAUAAUGUACCAGGAAUAGACAUACAAGGAUAUGAAUCCGAAGAAAACGUUCCAAAAGAACACAGAGAAACCUUCAAAGAAGUUUAUGACAUAGAAAAUUCUUCUGACACAGAAGAGGACAAAAAUUUAUGUAAAAAAGAAGACAAUAAAGAUGCUGAAGACGUGCAAGCUUUUAUUAUGAGGUCGUUGGAUGAUAGUCCAAAAAUGUUAGAAACGGAAAAUGUGGAAUCCGAAGUACCGACAAAUCUUCCAGAUUCAACAAGUCAUUCAGAUUUAGAUAAUGCAAUACAUACCGCACAACAUUAUCUCUCAGAACAAAAGUUGUCAGAAUUAGUGAGUUCAGAACACACGGUGCCAGACGAAACGUUACAGACGCAGCUAGACUAUUGCGCUGUCAAUCUUGAAAAUAAUGUUCAAAAGUUGGAAAAUCUUAUUGAACCACUAAUCAAUACAGAAAAUCAGUCAAAUCAAUCUACUGAUUGGACAGAUUAUUGUAAAACGGAAAAGGCUAUGUUACACACUGAAAAUUUUAACUGUGAAGUAUACAAAGAUGAUUCCUUCUUUGAUAGUAAAAAACAAGAAGAUAUCGAAAAAUUGUGUAAUGAAGACAAAGACAGCGAUAAAAGUGACUUCAAACCGGACAGUACAACUGAAUUAAUACCAUCUGAUUCGAUACAUAAAUUUAAUUUUAUGGAAGAGGAGCUGCAACAUGAAAACCAGAUGUUUGAAGAAUCUGUACCGAUAACAAUACUAACUAAUGAGUCAAUUAAGCAAGAACAAAUAGAAGAAAAGGCUGCGGAAUUUGUAUCGGCUAAUGUUGAUGAGGAGGUAUUGAAGGAAGAAAUUACUUCUGAAAAUAUUCCUCCGAAACAGGAAGAGAUUGUAGAAUUGCAAAAGACUGUAGAAGUUCUUGAAGAUAUCGCAACGAUAGACAAGUCGAAAGAAACGGAAGUCGCGCAAGUAUCAGUGGAAGCCGCCGUCGUUGCAACGGCAGCAGCCGUCGUCAUUGCGAGCUCGAAAGCGAAGACUACCACUACAACGAGCGCGAAACGUCCAACAAAAACUACCGUGACGAAAACAACAACGAAAGCAGCAACGAAAUCGCCAACUUCGCCCUCUAAAGCGAUCAGUACGACCAUGCGAACAACUACGACGUCUUUACCGGCAUCACAAUUAACCUUGAAAAAAACUGCUACGAGUACCGCGACUCGUCCUAAGCAAUUGGAAGGAUCGACUAAAACGACAGUCUCAAGCGCUAGCGGUAAAACCACCACCACAAAGACAACGGUGCUACCCAAAAGUACAACAGCGACGAGAACCAGUGCUUCUCCACGGUCCGCUACGAGACCAAAAACUACCACCACCACUACUACCUCGUUGAAAGUGAGUACUCCAGCAUCAAUCGAGAAGAAGUCAACGGUGAGUGGUGACACGAAAUUGGCCAGCAAACCCGCCACCACGAAACCAGCGAGCACCACUGUUAGAACAACAACUACUAGCACAACCGCAAAGACACUUGUCAAAACGUCAACGGCUACAAAAACAUCAACAUCCAAUGUAACGUCAAAACCAAGACCCAUGUCUGCGACUUUAGCUACUAAAUCCGCAUCGACAUUAAAGCAGCCUACAACCGGCGUUAACGGUGCAUCGCGACCCAAGACCGCUCCGACUUCUGGUGGCACAACCAAGCCACGCGAAAGUAAAACGAUCACAGCCACUGGGAAGUCGCCAUUGAUUGACAAACAGAGCAAAGAGACAGUCAAUAAGCAAAUUUCUCGUUCUGGAGCAUCGGUGCCUAAAACGAGUGCUCGCUCUUCCGUACCUAUCGGUACAGCUACUGGCAUUGCAAAGACUCGUACAUCGACUGGGAAAUCGUCUGGAAACGCUUCCGCGACCUCGCCAACGAAGAAAACUCUGACAUCGAAGUCUACGUCGAGGACUACCUCCACUACUGUGACGAAGCGAUUAUCGAGUGAGGCCAAGGUAUUGCAGAAUGGAAUUACCAAGGAGGACGCUGUCAUAACAGCAACGAACAAGCCCGAGGACGACGUACCGCUAAAGGAUGCGUCGCCGGUGAACAUGCCGAUCGAUAAUCAACUGAUCGCCGAUUGAACAAUCGAUCGAUAAGCUGCGAACUGUCCGCCGCUUCGCGACAACAUACGUCGGCCUAGGAAUUACACGUCGUCGCGGGUGAACCGACAUAUAGGUUUCUCCUUCUUAUUAUUAUUUAACGGACAGAGCACGACUGCGCGUCGGGACAUUCACUAGAGUAGUGUUUAGGGAUUUAUACAUGCAUGUCAAAUCGAAAAAUUUUUUAUUGUUCUUACGUGAAUGCAUACAUAUGUGACAGAGAUAUUAGUCUAACAAGAACAAGGCAUACCCUAAACAUUGCUUUUAACAACUGCUGCCUUAUCGUAAUAAAGAUCGAUAGUCUUGUUGUGUAAAUAUAAUUCGGAUGCGUUCUCAUGCGUCAUUAUUUUCAACUGAUCCGCGGGCCUGAGAUUGUCUGAGAGGGCUCAGAUAGUGCUCGUGGCGGCUUCUGAAAAUAGACUCGGCUCCGAUAAUGGCAGUAUGUUAAUCUUUAAUGAAACUCGAUAAAAUAUAUGGAUUUUUUACAAUUUUUUAAUUUUAUAUGCGCAAUUAUAAUUGAUAACGAUUACUCGCGACAUAAUUUUACUCGAAUCACAAAAAAGAAAAAGAAUGGAGGAGAGGGAAGCGUAUAUUUAUUCUUGUUUGUUCCUAUUUUUUGAAGUUGAAUUCAUUGCGAGAUAUAUACUGACUCGUAAUCAUGAUAAUAUAAUACUAUCUAAUCUAUGUGUACAGCACCCUAUGGUUUAAUGUGAUAUAUCUUACAGUACUAUAUUAAAUAAAUUCGAAUAAUAUGCACUAGAGAAGCCAGAAGAAGUUUAUAUAUGUAUAUGAACGGAGAAAGAGAAAAGGAAUCCAAAGGUUUAGUGAAAAAGAGAAAAUUCAUUAAACGGAACCAAAGGCAUACUGUGUCUCUCUGAUAUAAUAUUUUGGUUGCUCUUAUUAAAUCUUCUCUAACCAAACAUUUGGAUCCUGCUUUUCUCAGCGCCGAUCAUCGAUUGUGGAUAAUCGUCGUGUGCGCGCGUUUAAAGCUUUCAGGCACCGCACAAAUCUCAAAUCUUCUUUUCCCUUGCGUUUCGAACUUCCACUGUAGGAGCGCGCGCUCGACGACGUCUAAUACUAUGGAAACUUCGAUCGAAAAUGGUUCCCCCCCCCCUUUUUUUUUAUCCUGUUUGACCUCCGAUCG